UAGCAAUGAAAAAGAAAAAUAGAAAAGAAAAAGGAAAGAGAAAACCAAAGCUGAGUCCAAGUUUCACCACCCCAACAAAAGAGAAAACAAAGAGAAGCAAAACCUCAAGAAAGCUUCUCUUCACCAAACCUUUACCUUAAGUUUAUAUCCACCACAACCUUCUCUCAUCUCCAAACAAUUCUCAUCUUCUCUUCACAAUUCAAUCUCUCCAUGCAUCUUUUCCGACGAAAGUCUUCCUUACUCUCUUCGGAGACAUUCUCUAUGAAACAAGGAGGAUCCAAUGGCCGGAAAGGUGGCAACCUCUCGGUCUUCAUUGUCGUCUUCUCCGUCUUCCUUUUUCGCCAUGUUCAUGUACAAUGAAGAUGUUAAAUCCAUUGCUGAAUUCCCCUUCUCCUCAAAGUCCACCAAAUCUCAAGACACCCUCACCUCCUCCACCACCACCACCACCAUCACCACCCCAGGGCCAACCACCAUCACCACCACCACCACCACCAAUUUAGAACCAUCUGAAAGUGAUAACCAUGAUGAUAGUGAUAUACCAAAGAAGGUGAAGAAAGCAAAGAAGAAGAAGAAGAAGAAGGCUAAGGAAUUUGAACAACAGAAAGAAAUCAAGUUGCCGGAGGAGGAGGUGGCGCCACUGGAGAAGGUGGUGGUGCAUGUGCCGGAGACUUGUGACUUGUUUGAUGGUGCUUGGAUACUCGAUAACUCGACACGCCCGCUUUACAAAGAGCAUGAGUGUGAGUUCCUCACCGAGCAGGUUACAUGCAUGCGCAAUGGCCGGAAAGACGAUACGUAUCAGAAAUGGCGGUGGCAGCCCAAAGACUGCAAUUUGCCCAAGUUCGAUGCGAGAUUGUUGUUGGAGAGAUUGCGAGGGAAAAGGCUGAUGUUUGUCGGGGAUUCCUUGAACCGAAACCAGUGGGAAUCAAUGGUGUGCCUGGUUCAGUCUGUGAUACCGGAAGGAAAGAAGAAGCUUGUGAAGAAUGGAUCGUUGAAUGUUUUUACAGCAGAGGAAUAUGAUGCUACGGUGGAGUUUUAUUGGGCACCAUUCUUGGUUGAGUCUAACUCUGAUGAUCCAGACAAGCAUAGCAUUCUUGACAGGAUAAUCAUGCCAAACUCAAUUGAGAAGCAUGGGGAAAAUUGGAAAGGAGUGGACUACCUAAUUUUUAACACUUACAUUUGGUGGAUGAACACACCAGACAUGAAAGUCUUGCGGGGAUCAUUUGAAGAAGGGUCGAAGGAGUACGACGAGAUCGAUCGGGCAAUUGCAUAUGAUCAAGUUCUCAAAACAUGGGCAAAAUGGGUGGAUGAGAACAUAGACCCAGAACAUACUAUGGUGUUCUUCAGCAGCAUGUCUCCCCUACACCUCAAGCCAAAAGACUGGGACAACCCGGACGGAAUCAAAUGUGCCAAAGAGACAUAUCCGAUCAUCGAAUGGAAGAUUUACUUCAACAUAGGAUCAGACUGGAGAUUGUUCGAUGUGGCAGUGAAAACAACGAGCUCGUUGCAGCGAGUACCGGUGUCUUUCCUCAACAUAACAGGAUUAUCAGAGCUACGGAAAGAUGCACACACGUCGGUGCACACAAUCCGACAAGGAAAGCUGUUGACACCAGAGCAGAAGGCAAACCCACAAGUCUAUGCUGAUUGCAUCCAUUGGUGUCUCCCAGGGUCUCCCAGAUGUAUGGAAUGAGUUCAUAUACACACGCAUAGUUUCUAGCCCUUGGCGCACGUGACACAAACAAUACUCAUGGCAUGCCAUUCCUUGUCUAUGUCUCUCUUGAAUUAUUUUUUUUCUUCUUUGAUUAAUUUUUGUUUUACUUGUAAUGAAGUCUAGUUUUGGUUUCUUUUCAUUGGUUGGUGGGGUUAGGUCUUGACUUGGGGAGAGAAGGUUCAUU